GGUCAUUUCAGUGGACUUUGACAGAGAAACUGACUGCAUCCUGUGACUGUGUGAGGCAGUUUUUCCGGUUUGGUUUUAUUUUGACUCAUGCAAGCAAUAAAGCUGAGGUUUUUGAGUUUAAGUUUCACAUCCUGGAGUCUGCUUUUGGUCCCUCCCUUUCUGCCUUCUGCACACAGACCUUGACAGCAGGAUGCAGUAGUGCUUGAAGUCAUGUGAUCUUGUGACUGGAGAGCUAGGGGAAAGUAGACCACAAAAAAAGUUGAUAUAAAUGUGUAAAUAAGAUAUAUUCGUCAAACCUCUACAAUGUUUUGCCUGAAGGAUGGAGGUUGGUGUAAAAUGCCACUUGGGGCCAUCUGUGUCUUGCUUUUUCGUCACUCUAUUUUUUUCUUUCACUUAGCACACUUUUGUGGAGUUCUGUCUCAGGUGGUUGGUCCAUCUGACCCAGUUGUGGCAAUAGUUGGUGAUGACACUGUGUUACCAUGCCAUCUGGAUCCUGCUGUGAAUGCUGCUGAUAUGACAGUAGAGUGGACACGAUCUGACCUCACACCCAGAUUUGUGCAUGUCUGGCGUGAUGGUGUGGAGCUUGUGAAUAAAAAAAAUGAAGCCUACAUGGAAAGAACGUCACUACCAAUUAACAACCUGAAGCUCGGAGACAUUUCACUAAAACUCUCCAAAGUGAAACUGUCAGAUAGGGGAUCAUACAAAUGCUUCAUUCCUGCCCUUAGUGGACAAGCUAGUGUUGAGCUUGUUGUUGGUGUAGUUUCAUCACUUAUCAUCACUGUAAUGAGGAACAGUGAGGACAGUAUUAAAGUGGUGUUACAGUGUGAGUCUGCAGGCUGGUAUCCAGAGCCUGAGCUGCUGUGGUUGGACGGUGAGGGAAACCUCCUCUCUGCUGGACCUACAGAGACCCUCAGAGGUCCUGAUGACCUCUAUACUGUCAGCAGCAGAGUGACUGUGGAGAAGAGACACAGCAACAACAUCACCUGCAGAGUCCAACAGAGGAACACCAACCAGAGCAGAGAGACACACAUACAUGUUCCAGGUGAUUUAUUUAAUCCUCCAUGUAGUUCUGCUGGUCACAUCAUCAUAAGUGUUGUUGUCACAGUCCUGCUUAUUCUUGCAGUUGUCUUUGUUGUGUGGAAAUACCGUUCUAAAUGUCAAGGCAGAAACACAAAAAUUUCCACUGAUCACCGAGAGCAUCAGCCCCUCACUGAGAAAAAAAGAGAAGCACUGCAUCCCACAGAAGGUGGUAUUGACACUGUCGACUUUGAUAUGGAACAAGAGAAACUCAACGCUCGGUUUACAGAAGAAGAGGAAGACAAAUUUCAUUUGAUAAUGAUGGUUCAUUUUUUAAUGAGUCAUAAAUGUGACUUAGAAAAUGAUAUCCAUGAACUCAAACUGAAACUGGUUGAGGUACAGAAACAGCAAGAUGAAAAUCAGAGUCAGCUGGUAAACAAUAUUAAACAAACAGAACAAAAUAACCUAAAAUCUGAGAAGAAAAAUGAAGAAGUGGGCAUUGAAACAGAAACUAAUUUUGAAACAAUGAAGGAAAACCUUGAAAAAGAAAUAGAGAAAAAGGAAACACAAAGAAAAUCAGUAUUGUAUGGGGUUGAUGUAAUGACAGAGAAGAAGAAAGAGUUAGAUGACACUUUAUACAAAAUUCAUACACAGAGAGAGAAAAUAGAGUGGCAGAGAAAUGAAGUUCAAAUACAGUUCCAAUCAGGCAAUUCAGAGGCAUAAAAGUGAACCUUAAAAACACUCACAUUAUUCAUUUAAGCAUUCAUUUAUCACAGUUAAUAAAGUAAGACAUUUACAAUCUCUAACACAGCACUACAAGAUAUAUUACAUGGAUGAAAGCAAAUCCAAAACAGCAGCUAUAGAAAAGACAAGAUGAAUUUUGUUGUUGAGAGGCCCCAGUGACACAAUUUUAAAUGUACUUUAAUUACCUCUAGUGGCCAUAUGAUUUAUGACAACUGCAUAUAAGGAGACGUGUUUCAGAGCCAAAAGAGAGUUGCAGUUACAGUUUUACUGUUCCAUUUUAAUAAAAUUCUAAUUAUAAUAUAAACCUAAUAUUAGAUCAUUUUACAUAUUUGGUGCCAUGUAUCAGUCCAUAUAUAUACUUUUACCUUUUUGCUUUUUAAUUUUUUUGCUUGUUAUUGUCUUUAUUCUUUUUUAAUGUGCAAGUUAUUUACAUUUUAUAUGAUAUGAGAUAAUAAUAAUAAUAAGAUUUCUGACUUUAACUUUGUCUUUCUAAAUGUACUACAAGUGUGUAUUUCUUUUUUGUUUGGUAAAAAAGAAAUCCGUUUUUGUAAAGGUUGUGUAAAAAUAUGAAGCAUGCCAUUAAAACUUUAAAAUGUAUUAAAAAAAAGUAAGUACACAGUAAAAAAAAUAUUGUAGAAUUUACGGUGAAUUACUGGCAGCUGUGGUUGCCAGAAUUUCACUGUGAAAAAUAAAUUGUAAAUGUAGAACACAAAACGGUAUCCUAUUUUGGUAACCUUAAAUUUCACAGUAAAUAAUAGUUUGGUUUUUUUUACAGUAAAUGACU